GGGGGCAGAUAUUUUCGGUCCCACCCUUUGACACUGAGUGUGAGAACCUUGGAGGGUUUCAAGUGGAGAGGAGUGAGAGUCCUUCCUUUCAUCUGUUUACUUUUUCACUCCUUGCCUGGCCAUUUAUCUCAAAGUGUCAAGUUCCUGGCAUCUACUCUUGCCCCCAUGUCAGCCCUCAUUUCUUCAUUUGUGUUCCACUCUGGUUUCUGCUUUCCUCACUUAUUUGGCACAUGAGGCUUUCUCUCACUUUCUUCCAAUUUCGGCAAGGCAAUUUGAAAGGUCAACCAAUCAAUGCCUCAGACCGACAAGCAAAUAUGCAUCCCUCCGGAGCUGCCGGAAUUGCUGAAGCAAUUCACCAAAGCCGCCAUUCGGACCCAGCCGCAGGAUCUCAUCCAGUGGGCUGCAGAUUAUUUUGGAGCCAUGGCUCGCGGAGAUAUUCCUCCAGUGAGGGAGCGGUCUGAACGAGUGGCUUUGUCUAACUGGGCGGAGCUUACACCGGAGCUGUUAAAGAUCCUGCAUUCUAGGGUUGCUGGCAGACUGAUCAUCCACGCAGAUGAGCUGGCCCAGAUGUGGAAGGUGCUGAGUCUCCCGAUGGAUCUGUUUAAUAGUGUGAUGAAUGUGGGCCGCUUCACGGAGGAGAUUGAGUGGCUGAAGUUUCUAGCCCUUGCUUGCAGCUCUCUUGGAGUUACCAUUGCCAAAACUCUCAAGAUAGUGUGUGAAGUGUUAUCCUCUGACCACGACGGUGGACCUCCCCGGAUCCCUUUCAGCACCUUCCAGUUUCUCUACACGUAUAUCGCUGAGGUGGACGGGGAGAUCUCCGCAUCACACGUCAGUCGAAUGCUCAAUUACAUUGAACAGGAAGUAAUUGGUCCUGAUGGUUUAAUCAAGGUGAAUGACUUUACCCAAAACCCGAGGGUUCGGCUGGAGUAAAAGCACAAUUAUGGCAAUUUUAAAGAAGAUACAGAGAUGAUUGUGCUGCAGAAUGACUGGACCCCAUAUGCCAUCCAAUGUCAGUUUUCUUGUGCAUCUGGUACACACUAAUAAACAAUUAGGCAAAAUAUGAAA